AGCUACAUAACAUGGUCCCUAUAAAAUAAUAUGUACAUUGUGGUAAAGUAACCAAACAAUACAUGGAUAUUGACCAUUGAGCGACAAGUUUCUUUCAGAAUCAACAUUUCUCAGUGCUUUUUUUUUUUUCUGGGAAGACGUCAGACAUGGGCAAGUUCAAGAAGGUUUGCGUCUUCUGCGGAAGUAAUUCAGGGUACAGAAAGAUAUUCAGCGAUGCAGCUUUUGAUCUUGGAAAAGAAUUGGUGCAAAGAAAGGUAGACCUAAUCUACGGAGGAGGGAGCAUUGGUCUGAUGGGAUUGGUUUCCCAAACAGUAUAUGAUGGUGGAUGCAAUGUUCUAGGAGUGAUUCCAAAGGCUCUCGUUUCGGUAGAGAUAUCAGGCGAGGCAGUUGGAGAAGUGACCAUAGUUUCUGACAUGCAUGAAAGGAAAGCUGAAAUGGCUCGUAGGGCCGAUGCUUUCAUAGCUCUUCCUGGAGGGUACGGAACAAUGGAGGAGCUGCUUGAGAUAAUAUCAUGGUCGCAGCUUGGAAUUCAUGAUAAACCGGUUGGCCUCUUAAACAUUGAUGGAUAUUAUGAUUGCUUGCUUGGAUUAUUUGACAAAGGGGUUGAAGAGGGAUUCAUUAGGCACUCAGCUAGACAUAUUGUCAUAUCUGCACAAACUGCUGGAGAGCUUAUAAAGAAGAUGGAGGAAUAUGAACCAUUGCACGACAAAGUUGCACCAAGCCAAAGUUGGGAUGUUAAGGACUGUAAACUUGCAAAGUCGUAGUCAUUUGAAUGCUUUUGCCCAAGAAUGCGUUCAUACUCUAUGUAACUUCCUAUUUGAUAUCUUUUGUAAUGAAAAUCUACAUAAAUAGAAAUGUCAUUUUUUA